CCAAGCCAAAUAAUUUGGCGCGGAUUCAGAAGCUGGGAGGGAAGCAACUCGCACGCUCACUCUCUAGUCUACACUCUCGCCGUCGCUGAUUGGGACUGUUGCAGAGAGAAGAUAGAAAGCGAUGGAGAUCGUUCGUCCUCAGAAUCGCAGAAACUUGUUGUCCUCCUCCAACGAAGCCGUUUCUGCUCCCACCAUUCCCCUCUAUCGCUCUGCUCCCCCACUUGAAGUCAGGCUCGAGGAUUUCGAGUCCUUCGCCAUCGAUCGCCUCCGAGUUCUCAAGGGGAUUUCUGAUGGUAUGUCACGGGGGAAAAAAGCGGAAGAAAUGGAGAAUUUGGUAAAGGACCUGUGGAAAGUGAAUAUGAGACAUCAAGAGGCAACUCAGGUUCUGAACAAGGAUAUUAUAUCUCAUUUUGUUCUACGUCUGGUGUAUUGCAGAACGGAGGACUUGAGGAAAUGGUUUCUUUCCAUGGAAUCUGCACUCUUUCGCUACCGUUUUCGUCUUCUGAAUGCUGAAGCUCAGAGGACAGUCAUGGAAGAAUUUGACCUUCCUUACAGGGCCGUUAGCAAUGUGGAAUUUGAGAGCAUAAAAGAGAAAUUGGGACAAGUUGCACGUUCUAUGGGUCAGCCUUCACCUACUGCUGAUGCUAUCUUCUACAAGGUACCGUUUGAAGAAGUUCCAGAGCUUGUUGCUGGACGGAGAGUGUUUAUAAAUCAAGGAUAUGCAUAUGUUGCAAUGAAUCAGAUUGUUUCACUUGUAGCCACACAAUUCCGCAGUCAGCUGUCAAAGGCACUUAUCCUUACAAACAGAAAAUGGACAUCUUCAAUUAGAGAGCAAGAGAAACAUAGGUUGACUCCUAUUGUGGAAGCCCUGUCCUCAAGUUAUCUGGGUCCUGAUUAUUCUCAGUCAAGAGAAUAUGCUGAUAUAUCAUUAAAGGACAUAGAUCAAGUUGCCAAGAGCUCAUUUCCUUUGUGCAUGCGUCACCUAUUUGAUAAGCUGAAAGAGGAUCAUCAUUUAAAGCAUGGAGGGAGGAUGCAACUAGGCCUCUUUCUGAAGGGUGUUGGCUUAAAUCUGGAUGAUGCACUUGCAUUUUGGAGGUCAGAGUUCUCUAAAAAGGUUGGUUUGGAGAAGUUUGAGAAACAAUAUGCAUACAACAUACGCCAUAAUUAUGGAAAGGAAGGGAAGAGAACUGAUUAUACUCCCUAUUCUUGUCAAAAGAUUAUUUCAUCAACUCCUGGAGCUGGGGAUCAUCAUGGUUGCCCCUAUCGACAUUUCAGUGAAGAGAACCUAAGAGCUGCUCUUAGCGGAAUGGGGGUAAACAGUCAAGCAAUGGAAGAUGUGAUGGACAAAGUGAGAAAUAGACAUUAUCAGUUGGCUUGCACCUUGACAUUUGAAGCUCUUCAUGGCAUGCCGUGUGAUGCAGGGAUUAACCAUCCAAAUCAAUACUUCAGUGACAGUCAAAAGAUAUUAAAGCCAAAGAAGGAUUCUUCAGCCUAAGUAUUUUAGUUAUUGCAGAAGACUGGUGCCGGGGCCUUUCUCAGUUGUGUCACACGUUGGUGCCUCUAGCCAUGGAUUUGCAAAGAGACAAUGUGGUAAAAUCUUAAAUGUAGCUUCUAAAGCAGUUUGGAGGCAGGAGUUGGAAUCCGAGUCAUGUAUUAUCCUGAAAGUCUGUUUGAAAAUACAGCACAAUUAGAUAUUCUUUGUAGUCUUUGUAGCCAAACACUUGCAUGUAACCCUGUUAAUUCAGGUAGGCGUGAAAUGGGAAGUAUUGUAGCAUAAUUAUGCGAUGAAACUGUACAGUAUAAAAAUGACACUCAUGAAUCAUGGAGUAUCGGAUCCUGAGGCAAUCAUUUAAGCCUUCCCAACUCAAAUUUGGUAGGGGAACCUUUCAAGAUAGGUGCAAUUAACUUUUGAUAUGGGUUAUAUGAUGCCACAAAUAUUCCAACUUCCGGAUGUUAGGUACUUAUAAUACGCAGUAGAUUUAAUCAUUUAAUUUUUUUAGCCCA